AUGCCCGCAGCCUCAGUAGCAUCCGCGCCCGUCAAGCGCACCGCCAACAAGACCACCGCUUCACGAUCUGCGAAGAAGCCUACCCAGAGCGCGAACAAGAAGCCCCAGACGAAUGGCGCAACCAACGGAGCGUCACAAGCUCAGAUGUCACCAUACACCAUCAUGGCUUCGAGAAUCGCAAACCGCGUCGCUGAGAUGGCGGAGAACAUGACUUUCGUCGAGCGCGAGAAGCCCCAGCAGCAGCAGCAACAGCAAUCUGCUCCAUCAAACUCUGGAAAAAAGCCACCCCGGAAACUCGAGAUGCGCAUGCCUAACAACGGCGCCUCACCGACCAAUAUCACCUUCAGCGCACCCUUCCUCGACAACACGCUGGCCAAGCUACUUACACUUCAAAACCGCAUGUUGACGGUCAGCAACGAUAUCGCAGCGUGCGAAGACGUAGACGACAAAACCAAGCAAGAGCAAUUCGCGCAGAGCGCGGAGCUGAGCCGUAUCAUUGCGCUGAUUUGCGCCGAGAAGGCUAGACAGGGUGCUUAG